AUGGCGCAACAUUCUAGCAUUGCCCGGUCGGCCAUGACGUCGGCCACUUCGCCUGAGACGGGGGACCAGAGGAUUAAUAUUAAACCCAACGGCACAUCUAAUGGCUCGGGAUCGGGAAAAGAAGGAGCUCUUCUACCUCCAAAAACUGUGGUCAACCGAGCGCUAGGUAACGAGCUGCAUUCCGAUUCCCACAAAUCUUCACUGCCGCCCAAGGGCGGAGUCGGAACGGCUUUGACAGACACUCCGGUUUCUACCGCACCUCCGUCUCCACAGAUAUCGGGCCUUUAUCAACCUCCUGGUACUCCCAGUCGAGUGCGAGCAACUACUCUCGAUAUCCCCGGAUUGACCAAGUCCAAGGUAUCUCCAGAUGGCCGCAUUGCCCAGCGGGAUGUCGGCGCCAAGCUGGUCAUUGUCAUGGUCGGCCUCCCGGCCCGAGGCAAAAGUUACAUUACCAAGAAGCUGGCCCGCUAUUUGAACUGGCUCCAACAUGACACCGAAAUCUUCAAUGUUGGACAGCGUCGCCGUGUGGCCGCUGGAAAGUCCCCCUCACCUGCCCCGGCUGAUCGUGGCCAGGAUCGGAAACCAAGUGCUUUCCACAAGGAUCUCGUUGACUCAGUGCGCCGGUUGAGUGUCAGCGUUGGCACCACUUUGAACUCAUCAGAUGUCUCCCCGCCCGAGAACGGGGCACCGCUUCCCCCUCCAGCGGUCCCAACCAAGAUUCUCGUGAAUGGAGAAGAGCCCGAACAAGUUUCUCAAAACGAAAGUACUGUUGUGCCCUCGAUCGACGCAGGCCCUGCACAGUCUCGUGAGAAUGAAGAAGCUAUCAUUGAAGCUUCCCCGGAACCUAUGGAUCAAACCGCCGACUUCUUUGACCCCCAGAAUCAGCGUGCCGUCAAGAUGAGAGAGCAGGUCGCCCUGGACACUCUUGAUGAGUUGUUGGAUUAUAUUUUGGAGGAAGGUGGCAGUAUUGGUAUCCUCGAUGCGACCAACAGCACUAUGGAACGUCGCAAAGCGAUUGUUGACCAUAUUCGCAACCGCGCUGGCCCCGAGCUAAAUAUCCUGUUCCUUGAGAGCAGUUGCGUGGAUCAGGAUUUGCUUGAGGCUAACAUGCGCCUGAAACUUUCUGGUCCCGACUACAAAGGCCAGGACCCAACCGAGGCACUUGAAGAUUUCAAGAAGCGUGUUGCUCUCUACGAAAAGUCCUACGUGCCUCUCGGCGAAUAUGAGGAGAAGCAUCGUAUGGCUUUCAUUCAGAUGAUCGAUGUCGGUCGUAAAGUCGUCGCUCACCAAACCCAUGGCUUCCUUGCUUCUCAAGUCGUCUACUACUUGCUCAAUUUCAAUCUCUCUCCACGCCAAAUUUGGAUCACACGACACGGCGAAAGUUUGGAUGAUGCCGCAGGUCGUAUUGGCGGUGACUCUGAUCUCAGCGAGAACGGCAGAAGGUAUGCCAAGGCGUUGGCUCGCUUCGUGGAUCACCAGCGGAAGCAGUGGGAAGCAUAUCAGCGACAGAAAGACCUUCUUAAGCACUUCCCGCCUCGAGCCGGUGACAUCACACCUCCCAACCCAUCUUAUCUUCCCCAGGAAGGGCCACGCAACUUCUGUGUCUGGUCCUCAAUGAUGCAACGCUCCGUUCAAACAGCAGAAUACUUCAACGAGGAUGAGUACGAUGUUAAGCAGAUGAGGAUGCUGGACGAAAUUCAUUCUGGCAGGAUGGAAGGCAUGACAUACAAGGAAAUCCAAGAGCAGUACCCCGAGGAGUACGCCCACCGCAAGAAAGAUAAACUCUUCUACAGAUACCCCGGACCAGGCGGAGAAAGCUACCUCGACAUCAUCAAUCGAUCGCGUACGGUUAUUGUCGAGGUAGAGCGCACUACAGACCAUGUGCUCCUGGUCGGGCAUAGAUCUGUUGCUCGCGUGCUCCUGGCCUAUUUCCGCGGCUUGAAGCGUGACGAGGUCGCUGACCUCGAUGUUCCGAUGGGCGUUUUGUACAUGCUUGAGCCCAAGCCAUAUGGUGUAGAGUUCAAGGCAUACCGCUACAAUCCCGAGACCGACUGGUUCGAUUACCUUCCCAAUUACGAACUGCAUCAGGUCAAAGCACAGACGACCCACUAA